GUCUGUGACGGAGAGCUUCAUGUGGGUGGGUGGAAAUAAGUUCUGGGUUUGUUAUCCAAACACUAAAGCCCUCACUGCAUGUUUCAGACCACUUAAGUCUUGUUUCAGACAAUCUGUACACUGUUAAACAAUUGAAGACUUGGAAAGUCCCGCAUGGUGCACACAACUCUGCAGUCGACCACAGGCUUCUUUGGUUUAAACCCUGCCGAGUUUAACAAGCUUCUAAAAGGGAAACAGUGUCAGUCGAAGAUGUUUUACCACAACAGCACAUUCGAUGAUUACGUGACUAAGAACACAUAUAACUCCAACAUGAAGGCAGAAAACUUCUGCAUCACAGCAACGCACAGCAAUGGCUCUAUGGAUGCUAAUAACACACAGGCCAUUCCUCUGAUCAAUAGCGGCUACAUCAUCAUCAGUUUGUGUGGGGGUCUUCCUCUCCAUGGCUGGGCAGUCUAUAGUCUACAUCUUCACAGGUGCAAUAGACGACUCUCGACCUUCGUCAUCUUCCUCCUCCUCAUUGACGCUCUGCAGCUACCUUUGAGCCCUGCUUUAGUAGUCGUUGCUCUAAGAAAAGACUUAUGCUUGGGAGAUGUCUUCAGAUGUGACCUAGUUUGGUAUCUCUGGCUGGGUUUGAGUAUCUGCGGUCUGAAUCUCCACCAGUUGGUGGCACUAGAGGGGAUUCUGUCUCGUAGAGACCUGCAGUGCUGUGCUCCGUGGGUCUCUCUGCCUUCCUCUUUGCUGAUCUGUUUGACUGAGUUGGCACUUUUCAUGUGUGUGGUCGCACUGAAAAUGAUACACUCAAGCACACUGGACUAUUUCAUUGGUUUGGUGGAAUUCAUGUGGUGCUUAGCUGCAUUUGUAUUGUCUUUGGUUAUGUGUGUGUUUUUUUGUCAGUCAUCAUAUCCAUUGAACCAUACACAUUCCCGUGACAAGACAGCAGAGCGAGUGAUGUUAGCAAUAGCUGCAACGACCAGUUUUGUUUUGUAUGGUCUUUCUAUCCCGGCCCUUGGGAACGUAUAUUUAAACUCAAUUGAUGACAAUAUUUAUAUGAUACUUCACAGUAUAUCUAUCUCACUUAGUAGUUUCCGACUUAUAGCAGAUCCUCUCCUUUGUGUUCUAGCCUGUAGGAAGCCUCCAGAAAAAAAGGCAGGAGAACAACGUCUAAUUGACUUGAGACUUGUCUAAAUCUGCGUUUUUCGAAAAUUUUCUGAACACUUUCCACCAAGUAAUUUUACUCUAAAGUAAAUGUAACUAAAUUUAAAUUAAAAUGAGUAUUGUCUUGUCUGUCUCUGUGAAUAGUAGGCCUAGUCUUCACAUCAUCUGUAAUGCCAUCUACUGGUAGCCUGGGAAUACACAUAAAAACUUCUGGCAAAUUUGGGAUUUUCUCUGUAGGAAAAGAGACCAUUGAAGCCCAUUUCGAAUGUCCCCAAAGAAGUGAAGUGAAAUAUUUUUAAUGAGAAUGCAAAUGUAAACAAUUUAAAUUCAAUUAUGUUUAAUUAAUAAUGAAUUCCCCUGACAUUGACUACAUGAAUACAUUUGACACAUAAAUACACUUGACAUUCAUUACAAUGACAGGUAAGUCUACACUACAUUGCUGAAAUUGCUCGCAGCUUUGAGCUUUUGGUGAUCCAUUUCUGUUUUGUUUAUGUGUGUAUUUAAAAUGCAAAAUGAAAAUGAAAUGCUUAGAAUUACUUUCAAUUUUUUACAUCUGAAUAAACUAAACCAGUAUAUCCAAUUUUA